AUGUCUAAAAUACUAAGCAGAAAAGUAGUGGAACAGAAAUGCUUGAAACGUCUCAUCAUGAGUCAUCAAGACUUUUCGUUCAACUGCGAGUCUGAUUGGAUUAAGAAGUUUUCGUGCAGAGUUAAAGUUCAGUUUUAUUGUCGAAAAGAUGCUUGCAAAGGUGUUGUUUUUGUUUGGCGUUCUGGCCAUUUCAAGUGCCCAAAAGUGAUUUCAAGGAUUUCAAAUGAUUAA